CAUCCUCCUUACUCUCUGUGAUUCAUCCGUCCCUUUCACUGUUAAUCCAGCUGGGUUGUGCCUCUGAGCAUUGCUGUAAUUUUACAAUCUGAUGAAUUCCUGACUGAUGGCGGGAAGGAUCCAAUCCUGAAGCAGCAACUUUUUUCCAAUUUUGGAUUUGGACCCAUUUUUUUCCACCUGUGCAGAGGUGGUACUGAUUUCAUUGGACUCUGCAGAAAUAAACCAUGAAGUCCCAUGGAGAUCCUGCAACUGUGCUUUUCUCCAUUGUUUGCCUCAGUCUUGCCCCUUUGUGUUUUGGAGCUGCAAUUCCUGUUGCAUGUGGAUCCAUCUACAGAAGCUUUGCUCAGUGUUUGCUCACGCUUGGAGACAGUUUAGUAGAAACACAAAAAGAUCAGAGCACACAGGACAUUGAUUCAAUCUGCAGGUCCUGGAAUGCAUUUCAUGUUUGUGCCAACUCGGCUCUGGCUGGCUGUCCUGGAGAAGCAGCAGCCAUCUGGGAGUCUCUGAGACAAGAGUCCAGGAAGACACAGUUUUCUGGAAACCUCUACGACAUGUGCGCUAGCCGCACCACCCUCCCUUCCAGCACUUUGCCUGCACCCCAGAGUCCUCCCACCUCUGAUCAGAUGAACCAGGAGACGUUGAAAGGGCAGACGGACAGAAAUGGCCCUGCGAUCUUCACACUGUCGUUGCCUGUGUGCAGCUUGCUUCUGGUUCUCCUCAGGAGUUAGUCAAACCACGCAAAGACACUCCUUCAGCUAAGAGACUGUCACAGCUGGAUCCCACCUUCUUCUAACUGUUUUAUCAAGAGAUGCUUCUUGUGCAUAUGUGAUUUUUGUCAAUAAUGCAUGAACCAUAAUAUUCAGGAUUUAAUUACUUUGAUUUAUGGUUUUGUAUUCUUAUAUGUGAUCUUAAUCUUGAUAUUUUCUGGUUAAACAAUUCAAAUAAUAAAUCUCCAAUAAUAGCCAGC